GACCGCGAGACCCGUGGGGGCCAGUGGCAGCCCAGGCGCUGCGCAGAAGCUCUGGCGAGGUAUUUCCUUUGCGGCAAAGAAGUCCUCGCUGGGUGUCCCUGGCCAUAGACCCUGUGUUGGGGACCUUCAGGAAGAGCCAUGGCGUCAGCCACAAGCAGCAAGAAGAUGAGGGAGGAGGCCACCUGCUCCAUCUGCCUGAACCUCAUGGCCGAACCCAUGAGCAUCAGCUGCGGACACAGCUACUGCCAGGCCUGCAUCCUGCACUUCCUGGACAACCAGCCCCUCCUGCUGCCACGGCCGGUGGUCUCGUGCCCCCAGUGCCGCGCCCCGUUCCAGCGAGGCAGCCUGCGGCCCAACAAGCAGCUGGGCAGCCUCAUCGAAGCCCUCAGGGAGAUGGACUGCGACAUGUCCUGUGAGGAGCACGGGGAGCGGCUCCAGCUGUUCUGCGAGGACGAGGGCCAGCUCAUCUGCUGGCGCUGCGAGCGGGCCCCUCAGCACCGAGGGCACAGCACGGUGCUCGUGGAGGACGCGUGCCCUGGCUACAAGGAAAAGCUCCAGAAGGCCGUGACAAGAUUGAGGCAACUGGGAGAGGAAUGCAUGAACCAGAACGCAUUCACGAGGAAGCAAAUAGCCAAAUGGCAUGAGAAGAUAAAUAUUAAGAGGCAGAAGAUCCAGUCUGACUUCAAGAAUCUGCAGAGCUUCCUGAAAGAGGAGGAGAGGUCUUACCUGUGGAGGCUGGAGAGGGAGAAGGAGCAGACCCUGGGGAGGCUCACGGACAGCGAGGCCAAGCUGAGGCAGAAGAGCCAGCAGCUGGAGAGCCACAUCCUGGAGCUGGAGGAGAGGUGCCAGGGCUCCGCGCAGAAGCUGCUGCAGGAUGUGAAGGCCACUGUGAGCAGGAGUCAGGCGGUGCAGCUGGACGCCCCGGAGGCCCUGUCCUUGGAGGUGCACACCUCGUGCGACGUCCCGAAGCUUUACUUCGAUGUGAAGAAGCUGUUAAGGAGCUACCAAGUCAGCGUGGUUCUGGAUCCCGACACGGCGCAUCGUGAGCUCAUUGUGUCUGAGGACCAGAGACAAGUGACUCGGGGCUGCCCCCAGGAAAAUCUGGACAUGUCGCCUAGGAGGUUCACCGCCGCACCCUGCAUCCUGGGCUCCGGGAGCUUCACCUCAGGGCGGCACUACUUCGAGGUGGACGUGGGAGAAGGGACAGGGUGGGACCUCGGCGUCUGCAUGGAAAGCGUGCGGAGGGACGCGGGCCUGAGGCAGGAGCCCCAGGCCGGCUUCUGGGCCCUCCGGCUGUGCGCCAAGGACGGCUACGUGGCGCUGACCUGGCCCCGCACGCCCCUGUACCUGGAGGAGCAGCCCCUGGUGGUGGGGGUUCUGCUGGACUGUGAGGCCGGAGCCGUGUCCUUCUACAACAUGACCACGGGCGCCCACAUCUUCACCUUCCCCAAGGCCGCCUUCUCCGACGUGCUGCGGCCCUAUUUCCAGGUCUACCCGUACUCCCCCCUGUUCCUGCCGCCGCCGGGGGAGUGAGGCGGGCGCGGCGCCCUGGGCGGAGCCGGCACAGAGAAGCUGCGCGAAGCCCUGUGAGCAGGGCUUCGCGGUCUUCCCCGCUGACUCCCUGCGCAGUGCCGGGCCCUUUGUUAGUGGGUCCUUGAUAAAUCCGCCUGGAGAGAAGGGCUAUGAGGACUGAGAGCGCCACCUAUGGGCAGGCUGGGCCUUGGCCUCUGUCUGCAGCCCCCUGCAGCGGAGUCAGAGCUUGGGUUUCCGCGAGUCCGAGUCCGGGGCUGACGCCCAGGUCAGGAGGUCCGCGUGCUCCCACUGUUUUUUUAACUCUCGCUCGAGGACAUGCUUGUUGACGUGUUUUUAGAGAAAGGGGAAGGGAAGGGGGGAGAGGGAGGGAAACAUCAGUCGGUUGCCUGUUGGAUGUGCCCCACCCAAGGGCUGCACCCACAACCCAGGCACGUGCCCUGCCCAGGGAUCGCACCUGCCAUUUUUGGGAUUUACUUCCGCUUUACAGUGUGACCCUCCAGCCGACUGAGCCGCUCCGCCAGGGCCGGCCAGGGUGCUCGACGCAGUGGGAACUCGUGUGCGGAGCAGCGGCCGCCGGCGUUCCUGCUCACUGCGCGAAAGGGCAGCAGAACCGGAGCUGCGGUGAGUCUGGUGGCUGCCGACACGUCGGUCACUCUGAGCCCCGGCCCUGGGAGACAGAGUGAGUGCAGAGGCCGUCGGACGGCUGAGCUCUGCCCAGACCAUCGCCAAGCACAGACUGAGAGCGGGCGGAGGACUGGCCGGCGGGGAGGCUGGAGGGAGGAGGACCGGGACAGGCCUCCGUCCUGCGAAAGGAGUGGACAUUUUCCAGAACGUGCGAGUGCCCGCUCUCCUGGGACGUUUUCACAUCUCAGUAAAUAGGCGUUGCUGGCAUGAUGGCUGGUGGUCCCGACGCCGCCUGAGGUAGGAGCAGAUCUCGCAGGGUAGGGGUUUGGUCCCACCCACCUCAGGCGCCGGUCACAAGCCCAGGUCAUCACCUUGCGAACCUGACGGCUAAAUAUUGAGGUCCCCAUGACGCCCUCUUCAGAGUCAUCAUUUGCUAGAACAGCUCACAGAUCGCAGAGAAAUGCGUUGUUUAGUGGUCUGUCAUACACUAAAGGGUAUGAUAAAGGAGACAGAGGAGCAACCAGACAAAAAGACACACAAGAUGAGAGCCAGAAGGGGCCCCCGCAGGAGGCGUCCGCCCCUGUGGCGCUGGGAGUGCCAGCCUCCCGGCACGUGCUGGGUCCACGAGCAGCAGCUCAGUCUUACACUUUCGGGAUUUUACUGGCGGCUCCAUCAUGUGGGCAUGGCCAACCAUUAACUUAAUCUGCAGUUCCUCCUGCCUCCCCAGAGGGUGGGGCUGGGGCUCAGUGUCCCAGACUUCUAAUCCCAUUAGUCUUUCUGGUGACCAGCCCCUGUCCAGGAGACCAGAGUGGCCCCAUUAGGAAAAAAGAUCCCUCAUCAGCCCGGAAAUCCAAGGGACGUGGAAGCUCUGUGUCAGGAGUUUUGGUCAAAGACGUGUUUAUUAGAAGAAAACAUGCUUCCUGUGCUUUUACCACUCAGGGUAUUUCCAGGGACUCAGGACCUCCGUGCCAGGAACUGGGGGCAGAGGCCUAUAUGUAUAUUUUCCAGU